AUGUGCAUACAGACCAUUUUGAAGCAGUUGGUGCUCAGUAUUCAUAAAGACACUCUUACGGAGGAGUUGAGUGGAUGUCGAUAUGGGCUUGACCUGCUAGUUCGUUUGAUACUUGCAGAGUACGCCAGCCCGCCAGAUGACAAUAACACUCAGUGGAAAGAGGAACACUUAUUUAUGCUGAAUGCUCUUUUUAAAACAGCCAGUCAGUUGGAUGAUAAGGGAAGGCUUUUAGUUCCGGCGCUACAGCUUGUUAUUCAGCACGGCACACUCGCAAACGAGGCCGCUGUGUCGUGGAUUCAUAACCUGUAUGCAUCACUCUCCACAGGUGAGAUUGCCGUAGUCUUGGAAACCCCGGAAGCUAAGGAUAUGCUGCUAAACUCUCUCACAUCUUCGUCUCAAGAUGCGCGAUACCUUUUUCCCACCGCAUGUGCACUGCAUGUACUCCUGGCAUCUUCACCUGAUGAAACGUGUACUGCAAGGGAGGAGGGCAAUAAGGCAUUAAUAAAUGCACUUGUAAACGUUGUGACGAAUGAGCUAACAACAAUAAUUCACCAUCAUUCGACAACAGCUCUUGGAAAAUUGGUGCGGCUUACACCUUUUUUCCUGAAGAUAGAAAAUGUUCAGGAAUGUGAACUACGAAGGAAAUGGUUGAGGUGUCUCCUACAAUUGACAAUUCAGGCAAGCAAAGGUGACGAACUGCUGAAAACGACGCUGGCGGAUCUUCUUCAUCCACACAUUGAGAGUUCUACGCAUGCGAAUCAGUACAUGCAGUUGACGACGUACUUGUUUACUCCAGACUGUGGGUUACACCUGUUAAAGGAUACUGCUGCCACAGUUGCUGCACUUAAUGAAUUUACUCUCGAGAUAGAUUCAUCAUCUCCUCUCUUACUUGGCGCCUUGUCGGAUUUUGAUCUUUUAUGUAGCAUUAUUGUGUGGCCCAUUUACAAUUUUUCGCUGGCGUCUAUGGAGCAGCGUAUUGAGGUAACUACAAUUGUUUCAAAAUUGGUGAAUUUACCAGAGCUUUUGCAGUGUUUAUGGCGCAUCUACCAAUACGGUCAAAGCAGCACCUUUGGUGCAUUAACUGGGAAGAAGAAAGAACUCUUGUUGAAGGAAGUGAGGGCGGGUAACGUGGUUCAUCUUCCUUUUGUGAGCGAAGCUCCAGCAGAACUUUUCAGCAUGGUGACAGGUGCAAUAGGAGGACGUUCUUUUUUCUGGGACCCGUAUCCUGCAGUGUCGGUAUUGUUUUUUACCUUGCUGAGUUAUUUUGUAGACGCCACCGAUUUUAUGGAGGAGCUUGAUAGUUGCACAGUCAUGGAUCGUGAUGACGCUGUAAUGCUUGUCUUGGCGUUGAAGGAGAUUGUACAUAGGUCAUACAUGCAUGGCAUUCUCCCGAACUGCAACAGUGAGGCUGUUGCACAGACAGCGUUAACGUUGUUGGCCAAACUGCAUGUUAUAGAUGAAGUACAAUCCUUUGUGCCCCAUCCCUCUGUGUGGAUUACGACAGAUUUGACGAUUCUUGACACAGUUAAGUCUAUUGAUGGUGAUAAGUGGACGUACGUUAAGUCGGAGUUGGAACUUUUCACGCUUAAAGACACUGCGGGGGAUGCGGCACAACUUGUGAAUCCAAAUUGCGCAGCUCUUUGCCAUCCACAAUGGGCAGGGAGUACCACUUGGUCCAAGUUACACCGAGUUAUUCGGCUCCUUCAAAAUGCCCCCUUCACUAUCUCUUUUUUUUUGCGUGCCACUCUGUUUUCCAGAGUUGUCCUUGGUCGAGGGGAAAGUUCGUUUUUUGGCUCUCGGCAAGGUCUUUUUGUGCGUCGUGGUCACAUUUUUAUGGACGCAUUUGACCAGAUUGCCAACAAUCCCGCAACCCCUGAACUGGUUGGCGUUCGCUUUCGAGACAACAACAACAACGUUGAGGAAGGCCACGGUGAGGGAGUGUACCGGGAGUUCCUUGUGAGUUUGUGUAACGAGGCAUUUGCAGCUGAGUAUGGUAUGUUUUGUCAAACCGAAACUGGUGACGUUUACCCCAACCCAUUUAGUUAUGAGACGACAGGGGACUCACAGCAUCUGCGUCGCAUCACAUUUCUUGGUGCUAUGGUGGGUCGCUCACUGCGGGAUGGGGUUCUGCUAGACAUUCCUUUUGCGCCUCACUUCCGCAACGCCAUUCUUGGUCGCAGUAACUCAAUCAACAAUUUAAAGAGUUUUGACAAGCAACUGUACCGCCAUAUCAUUUCUUUGCGCUCUCUAAGCGAUAAAGAAAUUGAAGGUUUGUCACUCACCUUUACGUACACGGCAAAUGUAUUGGGAGAGGUACGUGAGGUGGAGCUGCUGCGUGAUGGAAGAAACAUUCCAGUCACGCGUCGCAACUGCUUGAAUUAUAUUCACCUUGUUGCAUGCUUUAAGUUGAACCAUGAGUCAGCUCGCCAAACCAAAGCCUUUCUGGAAGGCCUGAAAAUGAUCGUGGACCUCAGUUGGUUGAAACUAUUUGAUAGCAAUGAACUCAUGAAGCUCUUUGGCGGGGACGCUGAGGGUGCCAUUGAUGUUGCGGAUUGGAGACGGCACACACAAUACCACAGUGCAGAUGAUGAGGAGAGUGCGCCUGUGCACUACUUCUGGCAGGUGGUGGAGUCCAUGUCGCAGGAUGAGCGAAAAAAGCUGCUGAAGUUCACAACAUCUAUGCCUCGGCCCCCACUGCUUGGCUUUCGGUUCCUCAGUCCGCCCUUCAAAGUACAUGUUGUGUGGGGCACAUCUGAGGAGUGGCUACCGUCUGCGUCGACGUGCUUCUCCACACUAAAGCUUCCACCAUACAAAGAUGUUGAAGCCGCACGAAGAAAAAUAAAGGCCGCGAUCGAAGAAACGGACGAGUUUGCUUUCAGCUAG